ACAUGUUUCUGGUUGACACUCCAGGUUGUCGCUGGCACGAACUACAUCUUCACUGUGAAGUUGGGCAGAACCAACUGCAAAAAAGGUGGAGUUGAGACCCUGUGUGCCAUUCAUAAGGAUCCCAAAGUUGCACGGGUCAUUCAGUGCAAAAUAACGGUCUGGAGCAAGCCAUGGUUAAACUUCCUUAAAGUCACUGAAAACACCUGCAUAUAGAGCUUGUGAUGAGUGCAGUUUGGGGCUUUUUUAACAUUCAAGCGGCAAUAAAAUUUACUUGCUGUUGGUAAUGG